UGCUGUCAUCUUAGUUUUUACAAGUUUUGAAAUAGUCACGAAGUUUCAGCUCUCAGAUUUUUAAAAAAUAAAAAAGAGAAAAAAUGGUGAUUGAUGCAUAUGGUGGACUAAACAAUUAUUGAAUAACUUUUGGGUAAAUGUGGUUGCACGAAAAAACAGCAAAAAUGACAAAAAUGUGUUCGCCCUGUGAAACUUUGGUGUCGUGGCUUCCAUGCUCUGCACUCGAUGCUGUUUUGGCGGAUUUUACGCCUGAUGAGCCAGCAAUCAUCACAACAAGAUUAUCUGCUGGUGCUGAUGACAUCAGCAGCAAUCUCAGUCAUCAUCGCUUGGAUACAUUCCAUUGGAGAAACUACCCAGAUGUCAAUCAAGUUAAAGAUCCCUUCUUCCCCUUUUUGUUCAAAUGUCCUCGUGUACGCCCAUGCGAGUGUGGGUGUAUUCACGAGGACACCCUUUUCCCUAUUCCGUCUGGGUGGAUUCAACUUAUCAGCGGAUGGAUGGAUGUCUGGCCGUAUUUUCCAGGCAUAAAGGUAGGAUAA